AUGCAAAUGGAUACAGAGAAUCACUCGGCUCUGUGGGAACAAGCUGCACACUACAAGCAGCGGAACCCUCACCCGAGUGCAUUCUCGACCUCAUCGACUUCGUCGCAGUCCGACGCCUCCUCGACCUUCUCGCAGAACGAUGACUCACCCCCGACGAGUCUGUCGAGUCAGAACACCUCGCCGAGCCUCUCGCAGGCCUCUGGCAAGGGCCGGCGCUCCAGUGAAGAACUGUCGAGCGCGGAUGAAGACCUGCACGAACCCUCUUCGGAGCCUGCACUGAAAAAGUGCAAGCUGCGCGCAUCCGACGCGCGCACCGAAGCCGUGGAAACAAAGCCGGGCGCAAAUGCGCCCAAAGCCGGGCGCGAAUGCGCCGCACUGCGAAUGAGCCGCACGCUCUUCGUGGAAAACUUGGUCGAUGUGGCCGUGAACACCAUUGCCUCGAUCUGGGGGCGUUUUUCGCGUGAAAGCAGGACAUCCGCUCGGUGUGCCACGCAAAACAACACGCUCCCCCUGGAUCUCUUUGUUCGCGAGAUUCUGCGACGUAGCCGCACGAGCUGCUCGACGCUCCAGGCGGCGCUCCUCUACUGCAUCCGUUGCAAGGAAGCGGUGAAUGCCAGCGUCGAGAAAAUGGCCGACGCCACCGACGGCAUCCCUUCCGACGCGGAUGCAGAGCAGGGCCGCCUGCCGUCGCUCUCGCCGCCGCAUGCCUUGGGCAUGUCGGAGGUGUCGCCCGAGGCAGCUGCCAAGGCCCCGUCGCUCUCGCCGCUCCUCUGUGGCCGCCGCAUGUUUUUGGCUGCGGUCGUCGUCGCGUCCAAGUUCCUCCAGGACCGCACCUACUCGAACCGGACGUGGUCCAAAAUCUCUGGUCUGAAUACCAAGGAAAUCGAGCAGCUGGAGCGUGUCUUUUUGCACACCAUCCAGUACGACUUGGUCGUCGACGCAUCGCACUGGUCGCGCUGGACUUCGGAGCUCUCUUCGAACUGGGGCCGUGCCAAGCAGGCACUGGCGACCCCCGGCGCAGCAGCGCAGCAGCGCAUCGACCAUGCAGAGAUGAAGAGCGCGCGUUUCGACACCCGCUUGCAUCGCGCACACUCGGAAAACGUCCUUGGGCAAGCCCUGCCGUUCGACGCAGGCCUGCUCCAGGCGGACCGGACCCGCGCAGCAAAGCCGGGCUUUGCACGACACGAAUCGGCCACGUAA